UUCGGCCUGACCGAACCGUUCGCUUACGUAUCAUCAAUUUUAUUUAUACAUUUUGCUAAUGCGAUAUGAAUUAAAAACGGCAUCUAAAAAUUGGACGGUAGGUAGGUAGUAGGUGAACGCCUGAAGAAGUGGCGGAGGUGCAUAGUGGCCAGUGCCAGUGAAUCGCCCGCCGUUCGACAUCUCACCGGUGCCGGCGGCUGACGUGGGUUGGCCGGAACACACCAGUCGCGUCCUCUGAGCCGCCGUCUGCCGUCUGUGUUAUACCAACGCACCUGUGUCGGCGGCACGUCCGGCGGUCAGGGGCAGACCGACGGCCUCCGACUGAGCGUCACCGCCGCGGCCGCACGGCCCCACACCGGCUCGGCCGAUAACGGCCAACUUCUUAUCGCCGUCACAGCCGAUAGCGAACGAAAAAGUGAAUGAAACUUGGGACGCAGUUGCCUACGUUAGCACUAAGAGCCUGUCGCACAGACGAGAGAAGCGACUAGAAGGGUGGAUGAUUCAUCAUCGAGCCUUCGGAAGACGACCAAGUGGUGAAGGAGUACGGACUUUCGUCCAAACUAAUCCUGUAGGUAUGCAUACAUUCUGCCAAAUGCUUGGUUGACCCGUGUGGUUGCGCUCUGGGAGCGACGUGUUCGAUCAUCUUUGGAGGUUUUCACACAAAGCCUAUGAAAUGACAGGAUGACGUCGAGUGUUGCUCGCAGUGUGAAGCGGCUAUCUGACGCGACUCCGCUGUAGCAGUGAGGUCUGCGGUGUUCGGGAGGUCGGGUCAGUGAGGGUCAGCGAGUGCCGGCCGGGCGGUGGUCGGCCGUGCCGAACUAUCUGUCGGCAGCGCCGUCCCGGCAGCGCGGGCGCGGCCUUCCCGCGCCGUUCCCGGCUCGCUGACGUCACGCCGGACUGGUUCCGGCCGGCGCGGCGCGCCGCUGCAGCCUGCCUGCAGUGCAGGGCUCGACCAGCGGUGUCGGAGCGGCCGGGCUGAUCGGGCGCGGGUCAGGAGCCGUCCGUCAGCAGCGCUCAGAGAGGCCUCUCAGCGGUCGGUGCCGACCAGCAGCGUACCAGCAGUUCGGAGGAGCGCCCAGUGCCUCUGCCCGCCCGGAGGAGCGCCCAGUGCUCCCGCCGUCGCCCACCAUGGCGCCGUCGCCGCUGCUGCUGCCGCUGCUGCUCCUGCUGCUGUCCUCCGGCUGCCAAGGCCGCAGUAACGGAGCACCCAAUGACGCGUGUGAGGACAUGACGCCGCGUCACCAGGGCAUCCGGCCGAAGGCGCCAGAGAGCUUCCCCUACCAGCUGCAGGUCACACCGAGGACCGUCCAGCCGGGAGGCAGGGUCACCCUGACCAUCACCCCGAGUGACUCUUCGACGCCCGACAUCGAGGGCUUCUUCGUGCAGGCGCGGAACGCGGACACGGUCAGCGCCGCGCCACUGGGCCAGUUCGUCGAGAUCGACGAUCAGCACCGCGCCGUCGACUGCGGCGGUACCGCGACGGCCGUCACCCAUAGCAACAGUGGCCCCAAGCAGCGCGUCGCCGUCACCUGGCAGGCGCCGGCCGACCUGGACAGCGACGUCGUCUUCCUGGUGACGGUCGUGCAGGAGCUGGAUACGUUCUGGGCCAAGAUGCGCUCAGACGUUGUCACCCUGAACGAGGGGGGCGAGCCGCAGCCGGAGCCCACCUCGGAGCCGGAGCCGGAACCGACCGCGGAGCCAGAGCCGGAGCCGGAGUCGGAGCCUGAGCCGGAGCCCGGCGAUGCGCAUGACGAUGACGAUGACGACGAUCACGAUCACGGUGAUGAUGACGACAGCUCGGCGGCGUCCGUGCGCGCCGGCCUGGCCGUGGCGCUGGCCCCGCUGCUGGUUGCUGCGAUCCACCGCCUUCACUAGACCGCCGGGGGGACGCGUGCGCGUCCGCGGGGCGUCCGUCCACCGGCGGAGGUGGAUACGAGCUGGGUCCACCGCGCCGGCCCGGGAGAGCUGCCACCGCCUGGCUGCACUUGCCUCCGUCCAGUCUUUACCGCGAUAUGGGCGGGUAACUGUAGGGCGGUUCGCUCGCGUUCGUGACAGUGUGUGACUGUGUGCACAAAGUGCUGACUCACCGGGUGUGAUCGAAAGAAUUAUCAUCUUGUUCGACGAAAAAAUCUCAUUAGGUUGUGAAAUUUAUUUCAAAUAUUUAUAAACAGCAUGUUGCGAGAUUUUUGAAGUUUUAUAAUUGUUAAAGAAAGCGUUGUCUUUGCCUAUUUAGCCCCCCCCCAUCAGGUCGCGGGUUAGUGUUAUCAAGUGGUUACCGUGGGUGUAGCCGCUCGGAGACCAGUGGAUAGUUCUAUGUUCCACGUCACAAGUGUAUCAGCGCCGAGUGUGGUGUGCGUUAGCGCCCAGCGGCAACUUAGCACUGUGAACAGCCCAGCGCAGUGUGCCCUCGGGCCGGACUACUACCGCUGCUGGAGAAUAUUAUUCAUUACAACGCCUAGCUAUACCCGCACCCUGUUGGGGGAGGGGGGGGGGGCGAAACGGCCUCUGUCCUCUCUCCUUCAUAUCUACUGAGCGAAAACUAAGAGAACCACCAAACUUUGCACACCCUUUUUCGGCAUCCAUUUUGCACUUCAAAAUAAAAGGGAAAUGUAUUGUGGAGCUCCCAACGGAAUGGCCGAAAACGAGGACAGAGCGACGCCGUGUCCGGUCAUUUUGAUGCAAAACAUGGUUCUACGUCAAUCGCUCUCAAGAGCCUAGUUUUUAAGCUAGCACUAAUUUCUUUGCAUGAGAUGAUACAGAAUAGGGGAGAUCCGUGUAAGACGCCCAGGGUCGGUAAGAGGCCCCAUCGCUUUUUUUACCAAACCAAUAAUGUUAUUUAUUUUUUAAUGUUCUUGUAAAGCAGAAGCCCUCUUGAAACAACAACUCACGAAACCUGAGGUAUCAGGUGCGUCGCAGCGACUUUUGGUAAGCCUGUUUCUGUUUUUGCCCCUUUACUUGCUAGAUAUAUGCAUCUUUAUCACCCUUAUAUAUCUGAAAAACAAUGACUAUCAAAUGCAAUCUUAUCUCAUCGAAAUUGUCACAUGUUAGCUUCAGAAUAGACCAUGUUCUGGUGCGCUGCAAAUGUCUCAUAAACCAUAAAUAUUGUGACGUUACAACACUGCAUUUUUUUAAGAGGCCCUCCCUUCGAGGAUUAUAAAACGCCCCCCCGAUAAAAAACGCCCCCGAUGCUAAAACGCCUGCACCUGCGGCAGGCGUGGCAUUCUUUUUUCAAGGAGUUUGUUUUUGUUUCUUUUUUUCUGUUUCUUUUUCUAGAGGUAAUAGGUACAAUUUUCGUUGGUCAUCAGCGUUUGGUUGUGCUAGUUUUCGCAUUGUUCGAGCGCUUUGGAAGUGUUAUUGGUUUCGAUAACACCGUAUUUGCUUAGCUUUUCGAAAUAAAAGGCCUUGCAGCUGUGUUCGCAAAACGUCUUUUGCAAGUCGACUUGCCUUGUUAAACACCCGAGGGGGGGGGGGGCGUCUUACCAUACCCAUAGUGUAAGAGGCCCUUUUGCAACUUUUUCCAAAAUGUUAAAGUUUACGGUUUGUGUACCCCCUAGAUUCAUUUUGAAUGCAAAUAUGUAUGGGAAAAUGAUGCAUGCUCACAGCGCAUGCACACGUUAGCUCUUAAAUAUUAUCAGUUGUCUAAAAAUAGCAACUGAGCUUAAGGCGGGGCCUCCUGCACCACUCUCCCCUACAUUGUGCUAUCAAACUGUUA